AUGCUGGCAGUGCUGGUCAAGACAGCAGUUUAUGUGUGGCCAGUCUGCUCUCAGUUUCAAGAGGUGGCGGAGUUCCAGACCUUCUGCCAGUUCGCCCAGUACCGCUGCCUCAAACAGCAGUUCUUCAUCAAGCGAGUCUCAUGUGCGAGCGAGUCCCUCGCCAGCCCCUCCCCGAUGGAGCCCUCCAGCCCGGCGCAGCCCUCGCUGGAGAGCAGAGCCUCCCCUGUCACACCAGCCCAGGAACCGUGGCCCAUGAAGCCCCCCACAGCCACGCCAGAGGUGCCCACGCCCUGGCACAAGAACAGGACCGUGCACACACCAAACCUCUGGGCUGCCACCUCACCCUCCAGGACGGAAUCCCCCGACGAACAAAACCUGAGAAAAAGCAUCUGGCAGCUGAUCCAUUCGGCCCUCUCCUUGGAUGCCUCCUUGGACAACAAGGCCUCCUCUUGGAACUCCACCAGCUCAGGCCCAGGAUACGCAUCAGAGCAGGCAACUCCCCCCCGAGGCAGCCUUCUAGCCCUGCGGAACGAUGAGGCAGUGCUGGUCCUGUGCUACGCAGUGCUGGAGGGAAAUUGCCUCUCGUCAAUGAUCACCACGGCCUGGAAGGAGAUGGAAAAAAGAGUCCUUGGGUUCGGAGACUCGGUGUGUGACAACCUCGGACGGCACCACACGGACCUGUGCCCCGACUGCGCCUUCUGCUCGCUGAAGAGGGAGCAGUGCCAGAACAUCGAGAGCCUGAACCGCGUGCCCUGCGACUCGGGCGCCUUCUCCCCCUACAUCAACCCCGAGAUCUCCGCCCAGCACGGCUACACCCAGGCCCAGUCCACGUCCUCGCAGAGCCUGAGUGACGACAACAUGAACUUUCUGAGAGGGAUGAGGAUGGAGUACUGGUGCAGCCGGAUGGCCAUCUAUGGCUGUAACGACCCUGCUGUGACCCUCUGGCUGAAGGCAGAGUAUGAAACCUUCCCAGACAUGGAUAGCUCAGGAAAGAUCUGUGACUCGAGCGGGGUUCAGCACCCCAACUUCUGCAUGUUCAAGAGCUACCAGUGCCUCCUGAACAGCAUCUACAACGAGAGGGUGGUUCGUGUGAAGUGCAGCCGUAACAUGGCCUACCGGGUGCUGAGUGCCAAGGAGGGAGAAAAGGAGGUGAAGCUGUGGCAAGAGAGGUUCCAAAGCCUCACCAGGAAGCAACCACAAAAAUGAUUAAAGUUUGUAAAGACCUUCAAGAUAGUCAAGGCCUAUGACCAAA